AUGAAUGGUAAAGGUUUAGUUACACUGAGUGAGAUCUCAUUGCAUUUUCUCAAAAAUGGUAUGCAUGAGGUGUACACAUCAUGGCGCUAUCAUGUGGAAAGUUCAGUACAAGCAGAAAAAUUAACACAUAAGGAUAACACUACAACUGAAUGUGUAGACUAUAAUGAUGUUACAGCAUGUUUGAAUGAGAAUAUUACCACAUAUAGGGAUGAGAAUAUUAGGGCAGGGAUGGAUGAGAAUGUAGAAGCAGUUGUUGAUGAGAAUGUUACAGCAGGUGUUGAUGAGAAUGUUACAGUAGGGUUGGAUGAGAAUGUUGGAACCAGCAUGUGUGGUCAGAAUAAGAGAUCAGUGGCUGAGAAGGCAAGAGAACCAUUGUAUCCUUCAUGUCCUAAUGGAAAGUCAGCAAUGUACGCUGCGAUAAUGGUGAACAACAUAAAGACUCAGUAUGGAAUUUCAGACAAUGGUGUUACCGCAAUAUUAGAAUUGAUAAAAGACUCAGUAUGGAAAGUCAGCAAUGUACGCUUCUCGAAGGAUAAUAGUUCAUUGGUGAAGUGUUCUGUAUGUCAAGAACCUCGGUACGUAAGAGUUUUUAAUGAUGAAAGAAAACUUACACGAGUUGCGCAGAAGACGUUAAGGCAUUUUCCAAUAAUUGCAAGGCUGAAAAGACUUUAUAGUAUACCAUGGAUAGUAGAGGAAAUGAUUUGGCAUUAUAAAGCACAAAAAGAUGUUAAUAUAAUGCGUCAUCCGGUGGAUUCUAUAGCUUGGCGGUGUGCGGAUAAUUUCUGUCCAGAAUUUUCUAAGGAAGCAAGGAAUGUUACUCUUGGGAUAGCAACUGACGGCUUCAACCCAAAUGGAUGCUUUGGUCUGAAUUACAGUUGUUGUCCGGUGAUACUGUGUUCGUACAACCUUCCUCCUUCGAUGUAUAUGAAGCGCGAAUUCUCCAUGUUAUGUUUUUUGAUAUUAGGUCCGAGAGCACCAGGUAAAUAUAUUGAUGUUUACUUAAAACCAUUGAUAGAGGAGUUGAAAGAGUUAUGGAAUGAUGGUAUUAUGACAUUUGACAGCUUCACAAACUCUGAAUUUCUAUUGAAGACAAGGUUUUUAUGGGUCAUUCAUGAUUUUCCGGCAUUAGGGACUCUAUCUGGAUGUGUGACUCAUGGGUAUUAUGCGUGUCCUACCUGUGGUGAAGAAAAAGUAUCAGAGUGGCUGUCGUACAGUAAGAAGAUAUGUUAUAUAGGACACCGAAGAUGGCUGCCAUCCAAACAGUACAGAUAUGACAAAAAAAACUUUAGUGGAGGGAUAGAAGAAGGUAAAGCUCCAUGGCCACUAACAGGAUUGCAAUUUCAAGAUAUAGUGAAAGAUAUGAAAAGAAAACAGGGCAAGGUUAAACCACCAGGAAAGAAACGUAAAAGAGGAGAAGAAGGACAGGGUGUCGAUGAAGAUGUUUCUGACCACUCGUUAUUUUCUCGAAGGUCCAUACUUCAUGAUUUGCCGAAUUUGGGAUCGAAUGCAAUUCGUCAUUGUACAGAUGUUGUGCAUAGAUAA